CAUGGCAGCAGAGACGCUAAAACCCCCAAAAAGUCUACAGCGUUCCCAAAUCUCUUCCAAUGGAUUCCGAUUCAGAUUCCGACGGCUCUCACGUCUCCGCCACUCCUCCACGAGACCCUCAGCCUCCGACCGCACCGGUGCCGGCCGCCUCCCGGAGAAUCACAUCAUCAUCCUCUCGCUCGAAGCCCAAAUCUCCGCCGCCGUCUCUCCCGUCUCCGUUCUCUUCCGAUCUCCCCUUCCAGAUCCGCCGGCCUUCCGAUCAACACCGACCGAUCUCCGCUGGAACUCUUCCCGCCGGGUUUUUCUCCACCGUUCCGUCGUUCUCCAGGCUCCGCAAAGCUUCAGUCUCCUUCGAAGUCGAGAAACCGAAUUCCGAAUUCCGAACAGACGACACCAAGCGCUCACUGGGUCCUUGUGAGGUAAUAUUCGAUCCGCUCAAACCCGUAAAGAGGAAACCUCCAAAUCUGAUUGCAGAUUCUACAGCUUCAUCUUCAGCUCCGGCGAAGGCUCCGGAAUUUUGUCGCGCUGAUAAGGGUAAUUUCGUCAGAUCGAACAUAAUUGGCAAGCGGAAGCCUCCUAAUUUGAUCACGGAUACUGCAGCUUCACCUCCGGUGAAGGCUCCAGAGUUCCGUUGCAGCGAUGAGGGUAAUUUUGUCAAGUUGAACCUUAAUGGCAGGAAGAGGAAGAAGUUCUCUAGCAAAUGUAAGAGCGCGUCGAAAUUUAGAAGCAAGUACACGUACAGGAAGACGAGAUAUAGGAAGUCAGAAGCCAAUGGUGAAGAUGGCCCGUCAGUGGAAGAAGUUGCUUUGGAAUCACGGAAACAAAUGGAAGAAGAAGCAAGCGGAUUUAUUGACUCGGCGGAGGAAGCAGUUCUUGCAGUGAGGAACGAGGCUUCUGAUGAGAAUCUGAAGAGGCUGUUGAAUGUAGUGUAUGGCUAUGAUUCUUUUCGAUAUGGGCAAUUGGAGGCAAUCAAGAUGGUUCUUUCAGGGAGUUCGGCAAUGCUGGUCUUGCCCACCGGUGCAGGGAAAUCUCUCUGCUACCAGAUUCCAGCGAUGAUUCUUCAGGGAAUCACACUGGUUGUAAGUCCGUUGGUAUCGCUGAUGAUUGAUCAGUUGAAGCAUUUGCCUCCUGUGGUCAAAGGUGGUCUUUUGAGCAGUAGUCAGAGACCUGAAGAAACAGCGGAAACUUUGCGCAGACUUAAGGAGGGGACGAUAAAGGUGCUCUUUGUUUCUCCAGAAAGAUUUCUGAAUGCAGAGUUUUUGUCUAUGUUCCGCAUGAGCUUAUCUGUGGCACUUGUUGUUGUGGAUGAGGCGCAUUGCAUUUCGGAGUGGUCUCAUAACUUCCGCCCUUCGUACAUGAGACUCAAGGCAUCGUUACUCCAUUCUGAGCUCAAUGCACAAUGUAUUCUCGCAAUGACUGCAACCGCCACAACUAAGACCCUGCAGGCUAUGAUGUCUAUGCUGGAGAUUCCAUCGACUAAUCUCAUUCAGAAAUUGCAAGUGAGGGAAAAUCUCCAAUUGUCCGUGUCUCUGAGUGGGGCUAACAGAAUGAAAGAGCUACUGCUUAUGACAAAGUCUCCUCCUUUUAGUGAAGUUAAAAGCAUCAUCGUUUAUUGCAAAUUUCAGCAUGAGUGUGACACUAUAAGCAAAUAUUUACGUGAUAACAACAUAACUGCAAAGAGUUACCACAGUGGACUCCUAGCAAAAGAGCGUAAUCGAAUACAGGAGCUAUUUUGUUCCAACAAGAUUAGAGUGGUUGUUGCAACUGUGGCAUUUGGCAUGGGACUUGACAAGAGAGAUGUUGGAGCUGUAAUCCAUUACAGUGUGCCAGGUAGUUUGGAAGAGUAUGUUCAGGAAAUCGGGCGUGCAGGCCGCGAUGGACGAUUGUCUUAUUGCCAUCUGAUUUACGAUGAUGAUACCUACCUAAAGCUUCGGAGUCUUGCACACAGUGACGGAGUAGAUGAAUAUGCUGUAGGCAAAUUUCUCACCCACUUGCUAUCUCAUCAGACCAAGCAAAAUGAGAAGCUAUGGUCACUAGUAGUGGAGUCUGCCUCUCAUAAAUUUGACAUGAAGGAAGAGGUUAUGCUUACCAUUCUGACUCAUUUGGAGUUGGGGGAGGUGCAAUAUCUGCGUCUCUUUCCACCACUCAACAAAUGUUGCUCUUUAAAUUUCCACAAGUCUUCUCCAAUCAUGCUGGCAGAAAGAAGUAGCGUAAUUUCUGCAAUUCUGAAGAAGUCUCAGGUGAAACAAGGGCUAUAUGUCUUCGAUAUACCAGCUGUGGCUUCUACCUUAGGGGUUACAACCAGUGAUGUGUUAACUGAGCUUCAAAGUCUGAAGUUGAAGGGAGAAAUAACAUAUGAGAUGAAGGAACCAGCCUUUUGUUACACGAUCAUAAAAUUCCCUCAGGAUAUUUGUUCUCUCUCCACUCAUCUGACCAAGUGGUUAUCAGAGAUUGAAACUUGUAAGGUGCGGAAACUGGAUAUAAUGUCUAGUACAGCUCUCGAAGCCAUCAACGUCUCCGACUCUGACAGAACACAGCUUUGUUCUGGCCAAACUUUGACCUUGCAAAGAAGAAUCUCAGAUUACUUCGAAGGCGACGAGAACUGUCACCCAUCCAGCAAGAUAACACAGAACAGCCCAUUUUUACGAGCCGACAUAAAGGUGUUUCUGCAGAGUAAUACAAAUGCCAAAUUCACCCCGAGAGCGAUCGCGAGAAUAAUGCAUGGAAUCGGGAGUCCAGCGUAUCCGAGUACAAUCUGGUCGAAAACUCAUUUCUGGGGAAGGUAUAUGAACGUAGACUUCCGUGUGAUAAUGGAAGCAGCAAAAACAGAGCUCUUGAACUUUGUCGAUAGGAAUGCAGCUUUUGCUACUUGUUAAGUUUAGGAGCAGCUCUAAUUUUUCAGGGAUGACUAUUGUUUUUGGGUCGUUCUCGGGCAAUCCUGUCAACUUCUCCUCAGAUUUAUCAGCCGAGCAAACUGAUCCACCA